AUGAAAUCACAUGGCCAUAUGCUGAGCUGGCCCUACCCUUCACUGGUCCAGGGAAUGCUGGCCUUGCCUUUUGCUGGACACUGCAGCAGAAAGCGGGUCCUGACCUUCAUAGGAGAGCUGGCCCCUGCACUUGAGAAGAUGACCCCAUGCCUUACCACAGGAGAGGAUCCAGAGUCCCUGAGGUCCUCUGUUCUUAGAGCUGAAGUUUACUUCCUUCUCACCGUGGAGAUCUUCAUUCUGCUCUCCUUGGCUCUCUUUUCAGAUGCCAUAGUCAUAGACAAAAAGGUGAAGUCAGGCAUUGAGCUGGACACAGUUUCUGCUAACUGUAACUAUGAUGCCCACUACAAGGACCACACCAAGUACUGGUGCCUGGGCUAUUUCAGGGACUCGUGCAACAUUGUUGCCCUCACCCGGAACAGCACCAACCGUGUGGUCUUGAAGGACACAGGAAGCCAACUCAUCAUCAGGGUGUCCCACCUGGUUAAGGAGGACACAGGCUGGUACUGGUGUGGUAUCCAGCAGGACUUUGCCAGAGAUGACAUGGAUUUUACACAGCUGAUAGUGACUGACAACAGAGAUGGCUGGGCCAUUGAUUUUUUACCUGGUAAAGAGACUGGCAGGGGAUCUUUGAAAGGGGACAGAAACCUUAGCUGUAGGACUUCUAACGCUAUCCAAAAGGCAGAGGGCUCCAGAAUGUCCAUUCCGAUUAUUUGCAUACUGGUUACUGGUUUGUGGAUCAUCUUUAUAAUCAGUCAUUUAUCUAGGGGAAGGAGAAGCCAAAGGAAUAGAGGAGUAGGCAACGAUUUGAAGUUCUUUCCACAUGUCUUGACUGAGGAAAUGGCUCAAACUGAACACACGUGA